UACCAAGACAAAAAUCCUCCAUGCUGACUAGUUCCAGACAGCUCACAGUCAACAGAUUUUGCUACAGACAUAAAUCUGCUCAGUUUGGCUGAAAAGCCAUUUCAGUCGGUUUUCUCCUUCUUAUCUCAGAAACCUUGAAAAUAUGGGCAUGUUGCCUACUUUCUGCAAUGCUGCUGCUGACCUUAUUCUGAAUAGACUGAACGCAUAACUGUGGAGAGAUCUAUAACAGAGCACUGCCGGAUCUGUACCAAUAAGGCUCUAGGGAGCUGGGGACUAAAGGCCUAUUGCAAACAUCGGUAGCUGGGACAAAGCAGAAGGGAAAGCAGCAAUGUUUAUAACUGUGAAGUUUGGAGCUGAUGACCAGAUUAUACUCAACCCAAACUCCAAAGUGGUAAACCUGGUAGAGAGUCUAAGGGAGAGGAGUCAAUGUGGGCCCGAGGUUUCCCUAGAUCUCCUGGAUGAAUCUGGUAAUUUAGUAAAUCUCAGUGACCUGGAGGGAUCCCAAGAUAUUGCUACCAAUUACCUGAAGGAACGGCAUUGUUACGUACUGGUCAAAAUUAUUCGUGGAGGUGGCUCAGAACCAGUCCGCUAUGAGUCCAUGUUAGAAAACUUGGGGAAACGCCAUCCAGAGCUAGCAGAGCGCCUUCAGAAACUAUCUCGUCCCAACAUGCGUGGCCGCAACUCUGUUAUCAAAAAAUCUCGUCCCAUCAAGGAAACAAUCCCAUCUACAUCCACCAAGAGUCGAACUGUGUCUCAACAAAAGAGUCGAUUAUCCUGAGGCAUUGCACAUCUUUUUAUGUUGAGACCACUGAGUGGAGGUUUAACUGGUCCACAUAUAGCAGAAAACUGAAGGGAUGGAAAACACUACAGAUUAUAGACUAAGCCUCCUAAAUAGAAUAGUAAGCGAUGAAUCAACCCUUCUUGUCAGGUGAAUUCUAACAUUGUAUAUAGAAAAACCCAGACAGUUAUUUGUAACCUGCUCCAGAGGACUUUGCCUUUUGUGAUACUGGAGUUCAUAUAGUUUCAAGACCUGCCGCAACAGAACAAAAAGAGACAAGAAUAGCUUGAAAUUCUUAAAAGAGUUAUUUUUGAGGUUGAGUACAUAACACAGGCAAUCUUUAAGGUGUUUUAGAGUUCUUGCCUUCCAUUAUUAUUAACCAGAAUAUUAAAGGGAUUCUGUCGUGAUUUUUAUGGUGCAGUUUUUAAACUAAAUUACACUUUUUACAUAGCAAAUAAUUCACUCUACUGUUUAAAAUGUUACUCUUUAACCAACAAAUGUGUUAUUUUAGCUGUGAUAUUGGUGCAUAUGCAGCCACCUCAGUGCACUGUGUCUGAUUCUGAGCUUUCAGAAGGAGCCAGCACUAUACUUUUAGAUAAGCUUUUAUUUCCCCUACUCAAUGUUAUUUCCCAAGUUGCAAAUGUCAACACAGGAUUUGGGUUUCUCCUGCUUGGAUGCUAUUCUCAUAUCUACCACCAGGUGGGGCAUAUGAGCAUGUUGAGCAACAAAACAAUUUCUUAAUUCAUUUUGAUCUUUGAUAGCUGAAUCAGAACCACAAAAUGCUUCAGCUAUUGCAGAACAAUGUAUCAUUAAGGACAGAAUAUGGCUGAAGGGAAUGAACACUUGGCAUAUUAUAUUAGAGAGAUAUAACAGCUUAGACCUAUAUCAGCAAAAAUAGUUAAUAAUUAAUAAUAAUAAGGAUUCAAUUCACCAAGGAGAGAAGGUUUCAGUAUUUAGAAAGACACUCUCUUAAAUAUGUUUCUCUAUACAGUACCUUCCCAUGAAAGCUGCAGUAAAAAUGAAUUAAUGCAAAUCAAACCAAAUAUAUAGUUGGUUAAUACAAAUAUACAGUGUGCAUCCUCCUAUAGAUAAUGCACACUAUAUAUCUGGUUGAUGCAUUUUUUGAAUAUUUUAAUGUUUAGAAAUACUCUUGUUGUUACAGGUCACUGAUGACUUGAUAUGGGUUGAUUUCUUAUUCCCCCUAAAAACUGAGUGAUGAUUUUUAACAUCAUCAUGUAUAAUACCUUGAGAAAGAAAAAGAGGGCUGCACUUCAUCUUUAAAAAACGACCAUUUAUUCAGAAAUUAAAAUCAUAAGUGGCUACCGUGAUGCAGGCAUUUUUGGAUUAAGAGUUGUUCUCGAAACACGGUAGGCUGUCUGCAUCACAGUAGAUUUAAUUUAUGAAUAAAGGAUCAGUUUUAAGAGAAUUGCGGCCCUUUUUUUUUUUUCUAGCUAUUGUAAUAGCAUUGGAGCAUUACAUGUAAUGGGCCAGCACCCAUCUCUGGCUUCUUCCUUGGUUUACAUACGGGCACUUAAUAAGGGGUGAGUCUGUGCAGAGCAACACUUUUCUUUUUGCGUCAUCAUGUAUAAUGGUAUAAUGUGCAUGAUAUAGUAAAAGUUGGAGCUGUGAGCAUAUUCCCCAAGUAUUGUGGGGAUUGGGGUUGUGAUAUCAAUUAUAUACCUUGAGCAAUGUGGGGGUUAUCCACAGAUCCUAACUUUGGAUUUUUGCCAAUAUGACUAUGAUGAGUUAAUAUCAUGGUCUGUAUUAGCCUUGGUGAUUGUCUAUUAAAUUGGGCUCUGUUUGAAUUUUGGAUUAUAUUUUUGUAUUUUGAGUUUAGGAACAUCCUAGUUGGAAUUGAUUGAUCAUAUAACCUAAAAAACAAAUUGACAUAUUUGGAUUAUAAUAUGAGCAUUUUUGGAUAAGACUGUGACUUUGCUAUGGUAACAGCUGACAUUCUUGUGCCCUUUUAAUUUGAUUUCUAUAUCAGGGUUCCAACAUUGAAUUCAGAAUAACUUUGACAUAAUGCCUAAUGGGAUUACUGCCAAUAGGUAACACAUUUUUUGCUUCUGAAUAUUGUGUGAGGAUAUUCAGAGCAUUUUUUUUUAAAAUGUAAAAAAUAAUGGUGGCCUGCAGAUGGGGCAAGAGUACAGCCUUUUAAUACAUUUUUUAUAUAUAAACUAGUAUCGCAUGUGGUUA